AUGCAAGCCUUUGCCGAGGCACGAUGCCUCGUACAACACCACCACCUUCCAACACUGGCGACGCCACCCCCCGACACUGGAGACACACCUCGUGCAACUUUGACACCGCCGACACAGACAGCUUCCCUGGCACAUCAGGUUCUCAUUGUGGACACCCACAGCCCAGCAGCUCGGUACGCGCGCUCAGAGUUGGUGCCAGCAGUGUGGACGCCGACGACGGUGAGGACCAAGAUGGAUGCACUGGAGCGGCUGUUCCCACUCAAGAUGGAGCGCUUCCACAAGCCGCCGGUGCCGCCGCACAUGGCCGUCGCCUUCGAGGCGACACGCUACCGUGAGCUGGCACCGGCGCUCAAGGACAACCAGGACGCCAUCAUGCAGCUGGCCUUCUUCUCAUCUUCCGACGCCCCGACGGCCAAGCGCGUCGCCACCAACUACCGCGAGUUCGUCCUCGCCUCCGGGAAGACUGGUAAUGAGAAACUGGUAAUCCAGUUAGACACGACUAACAAGGUACCACUGCUUAACAUGGCAGCUCUUGGACCAUCCUACUUCAGCCUGUCACCUGAAGAGGGCAUCCGGGAUUGUGAAUACUUCUUCCCACCAAAGGAAGAAACAUUUGAGGAAGAAGAAGAGGUGGUACCUGUAUCAUCAUCACAGAAAGUAUCUCUAGGAGUGACUAAUGCAGAAUCAGAUACAGUAACAGUAAAUGCAGCAGAAGUACCUAAGGAAGCAAUACUAACAGAAGUAGAAUCAACAGCAGCGUCAGAAGAACCACGUUCAGUAACAGCAGAAGUAACUCCUCCAGCAUUAGAACCAGCUCCUACAGCAGUAACACCAUCUCCCUCACCAGCAGUAGCAGCACAAAAUACUUCACCAGCAAUAGCAGAAGAAACACCAUCAGCAACAGCAGAAGCAACUCCUCCAGCAGUAGAACCAGUUCCUAUAGCAGCAGCACCAUCUCCCACACCAGCAGUAGCAGAACCAACUCCUUUACCAGUAAUAGCAGAAACAACUCCUCCACCAGCAGCAACUAAACCAACUUCACCAACAGCAGAAACAGUACCAGCUCCUCCUCCAUCACCUUCAAGAGUAGCAGAAAAGAAUAGACCAGUCACAGUAAGUAAAGUACCAUCUUUGUCUCAUGAUCAAGUGAUACCAAAUGAUUUGGGAAAACAUGUUCCUAUAAAACUUGUGGACAGUGCAGAGGAGGGCGCAGCCACAGAAGAAGGCACGGCUGCAGAAGAGGGUGCAGCGGCUGCACCAGAGGAAGGUGGAGUGCCGGCCGCAGAGGUGCCUGCAGGAGUGGAGCAGGAGGCAGCCCCAGCCCCUGCCCCUGCCGCAGACGCGACUCCGGCAGCAGAGCCGAGCUCUGAGGCAGGCGAUGGUCCAGAGGCGGCAGCUGCCACUCCACAGGAGGAGGACCAAAAGGCUGAAGGGGAGGCACCACCAGCCUAG